AUGGAUGCUGGCGGCAAGAAACAGAGGCUCGGCUGCUUUGGCCCUUGUCUCGAUCUUUCCACAGCGGCAUGUGAAUUGAGAUCGGCUACGACAGUGGCAAAACUCGAAUCACACACGGCGGAAGAAGAGUGGAAUUACGUUGAAGCCUUCUAUGGGAGGUUGAAUAACCUGCAGAAGACUUACGAGGUCAACAGCCCAUGGUACAAACCCAUCAUCGUCAGCGUGGAAUGCAUUGCUGCCAGACAUGAAGGUGAGAGUUUCGUUCGAGACCUGGGGGAGAUGUACUCCGGGUCCAUUCAUGUGGCAGGCAACCCACCAGCAUCGUUGAGCACUGUCAAAGGCAUUUUCGACCAGAUUGGAGGGGCUGCAGCCACGGCAUUCGACGUGGUUUCCACGUACAUGGCUGUGCAGGAAUGCAAGGAUGCCUGCAUGGCCGAGCGCCAGCCCCUAGUGUUUAUCAUUGCGAAUUUCUGCUCUUCGGCAGUUUGCUGUGUUGGGUCCGACGACGUCCUCGUUUGGCCAACAGGCUUACUGAAGCCCAGACUCAAUGUGACCUGUGUCCAGGAUACCGCAAGCCCCGAACUUGCGAAGGUUUGCAAGGCUUCGCAGAAGCUUGAUGUGGAGCAGAUUUGCAAGGCUUUGCAGAAGCUUGAUGUGGAGCAGAUCAGUCUGAGGGUGGAUGGGCUCAGCGAGGAGCAAUUGCUAAAUGCGGCCAAGGAUGGGAUCGACAAGGCUUUGUUCCCCUCCACUGCAGAUUUGGAGGUGCUGGGUGCAGAUCCUCUUCGCUGUCUGGUGAAUGUCGCGAGGAAGGAAGGGCUUUUGGGGGACAUCGCGCAUGACAAGAAGUGGCAGUUGGGGAGGAGAGGGAAACACAUCCCAUGGUCCUUCCAGCUCGCGACUUCCAAUCGUUCUGCGGCCGCCCCCCCAUCUCUGCGGAACCUGGGAAUACACUCCGUGACAGAAACCGGGUUCAUCUUCUUCAGCUUGGGCAGCGCUGGCGGUGCAACUGGAGAAGCAGGUGAGGAGGUUCUUGCUUCCAUGGUCUUGCUGCUUGGAAGCUACCCCUUCCAACAGCAGUGGAGGGGUGAAGGUGUGGUCAGGAAGAUGAGAUGGGGAUCCCCGCCGCCACCCUUCAGCCUGGCCUGUGCCAUGCAAAGGUGCAAGGAGAUCGCGGAGACCACGCAGCAGACGCAGCAUGAGGGGACCCAUGGGACCCAUGGGGCCAAGCAACGGGCGGCCUUGUCAGACCAAGAGGCGGUUUUGGGCACCCGAGCUGAUGAUACUCGAGACGGACCGUCUACUGCUUACAUCUUCAUCCCACACCGGAUGGAGGUUCUCAUUGGACAUCCGCCCGCUCCGGGAGGCACCCGUCGAUGCGAGUGGCAGCGCUCAUCUUCCAGGCUUUGGGAGGGCCCCAGAGCUGUGCUGCCCUUUUCCCCCCAGCACUUGGAGGUGUCUUGGGAGCAGUCAAGGGCCCGAAAGGCCACGGUGGUCCUAAUGGGCACCCACACGGCCGGGAAGAGCACUAUCAGAAAGAUUCUGGCCGAGAGAAUGCAGUGGGUAUCGGAUGAGGAGUUGGGUACUUCGUUGCGAGGAGACCAAGAGAAGCAGGGCAAGUACCGCGAGGCUUGGGACGAUACGAUCCAUCAGGCGGAAGUUGACCGGGAUCGGGAUCGGAUGAGCACCUUGACGUCGAGGGUGGUGGAGACGUGGCACUUGGGGAAUUUCGUUUGGGCACUCACCCGUCGUCCGCAGCAGCACGGAGACUUACUCAAGCGCGCGGUCGAUGCCGUUCGACAGGAGCGAGAGGGAGGGACCGUCCUUUUGGUGCUGCUGAAGAUCGAUGCUGCAACCAUGGUGAGGCGCAGAGCAAAAUUCCAAACUUCCACGUUGCCCUUCCAGGAUGAGGAGGCAGACGCCGGGAAGCUCUCCAAGGCCACCGGGGAGAAACUGGAGGAGUUGCUGGAGUUCCAGAGCGAAGAGCUCGAGGGCCUCAAGAUGCCGAUCCUGAAGUUGGACAAUAGUCAAGAUGGAGACACUGCUCUGAAUGACACGGUGGACGCGAUCGUAGACUUCAUCACCUUUUUCGUGUGA